CUUUUUGUCAAGUGGGCAAAGAUCAUGGAUUUUAAACCAAAACCCCUGUAUGAAGAAAAUAGCUUCAGUUACAUCGCAUUAAUGAAAUCGGCAUUGAUUGGGUCUGCAUUAAAAAAUGGAGAACGCUACAGAGACACAUGCCACCAUUAACAAUCCUGCUGACAUCAGUGUGAUCAUCUGCUAUUUUGUGGUGGUUAUUGCAGUGGGAAUUUGGUCUACGUUUAGGACAAAUCGUGGUACGGUGGGGGGAUACUUUCUUGCAGGUCGGACAAUGAUGUGGUGGCCUGUGGGAACGUCUCUUUUUGCGAGCAACAUUGGCAGUGGCCAUUUUGUUGGUCUUGCUGGUACAGCAGCAGCUAGUGGAAUAGCCGUCGGUGGUUUUGAAUGGAAUGCGUUAUUUAUCGUUUUGUUGUUGGGAUGGGUGUUCGUCCCUGUUUAUUUAACAGCAGGGGUGAUUACAAUGCCACAGUACCUCAAAAAAAGAUUUGGAGGGAGUAGAAUAAGUUUGUACCUCUCUGUAAUUUCACUUUUCCUGUACAUCUUUACAAAGAUUUCCGUGGAUAUGUUUUCAGGAGCAGUUUUUAUACAACAGGCUCUUGGGUGGAAUAUCUAUGUUGCCGUCAUUGCCUUGCUCUGCAUAACAGCACUCUAUACUGUAACAGGAGGGUUGGCAGCGCUCAUGUAUACAGAUACUGUCCAGACCUUUGUUAUCAUUGCUGGAGCAUUUGUCCUCAUGGGAUUCUCCUUCUAUGAAGUUGGAGGUUACAAUGCUUUACUAGAGAAGUAUAGCUUAGCGUUACCAACUCAGACCGCAAACCUCUCUGAACAUUGUUAUACUCCACGUGAGGAUGCCUUUCAUCUGCUUAGGGAUCCCACGACUGGGGAUCUGCCAUGGCCUGGUGUGGUAUUUGGCAUUGCGAUUAUUGGUAGCUGGUACUGGUGUUCUGAUCAGGUAAUUGUACAACGCUGUCUGGCUGCCCGCAGUCUGACUCACGUAAAGGCUGGAUGUAUAUUGUGUGGGUACCUGAAACUGCUCCCUAUGUUUCUCAUGGUGUUUCCAGGCAUGAUCAGCAGAGUGCUUUACCCUGAUGAGGUGGGGUGUGUGGUACCAGAGAUCUGUGAGAAAGUGUGUGGUACAAAGGUUGGUUGUUCCAACAUUGCCUACCCCAAACUUGUGGUUUCUGUUAUGCCAUCAGGUCUCAGAGGUUUGAUGCUGGCUGUAAUGUUAGCCGCUCUCAUGAGUUCCCUAGCAUCUAUCUUCAACAGCAGCAGCACCUUAUUUACCAUGGACAUUUGGACUCGGAUCCGACCUCAAGCUAAAGAUCAAGAACUUAUGGUUGUUGGAAGGGUCUGGAUACUCUGCAUUGUCGGCAUUAGCAUUUGCUGGAUCCCAGUUGUCCAGGCAGCCCAGAGCGGUCAACUGUUUGACUAUAUUCAGUCAGUGACUAGUUACUUAGCUCCACCUAUCGCAGCAGUCUUCUUCCUUGCCAUUUUUGUAAAGAGGGUCAAUGAGUCAGGGGCUUUCUGGGGCCUGAUGGGAGGACUGGCUAUGGGUCUGUGCCGCAUGGUUCCCGAGUUUGCAUUUGGUUCUGGAACUUGUCUGAAACCAACCAACUGCCCAAAAAUCAUAUGUGGAGUCCAUUACCUUUAUUUUGCUAUUUUGCUCUUCUUCUGCACUGCUAUUCUGGUGCUAAUAAUAAGCUUCUUCAGUCCACCUAUAGAAGACAAACAUCUUCAUCGGCUCGUGUUUAGCUUACGGCACUCUAAAGAAGAAAGAAUCGAUCUUGACAGGGAAGAGCAAGAACGGGGAAGAAAUGCUCGAAGAGCAGCAGAUGUUAAGAUAAAGGCCAUAACCGACGAAGAACAAAUUGAACCCGGUGAGCGUUCUGUAAUGAGGAAGAUUAUUGGCUGGUUUUGUGGCAUAAAUGACACUCAAGCUCCAGAACCCACAGAAGAGGAAGUGACUGAAGCAUCAAAACAAUUGCCUGACAUAACUGAGGCUCCACUGUGGAAGAAUUUGGUCAAUGCUAAUGCCCUUAUAAUGAUGACGGUAGCGGUUUAUUGUUGGGGUUUCUAUGCCUAAGAGCAUUAGAAAUUCAUGCUGUAUAAAA